AUGGCAGCCGACGAGGGCGCCCAGGACACCUUGAGGCGCCAAUUCAAGGCACUGCAGGAGAUGCAGCACCAAAGGCUCCAGCAGCAGGUGGAGAAAAGGAAGGAGAGAGAGCUGAGCUCGCGGAGCAAGGCCAGCGACCAGAAGGAAGCCCUGGAGGUCCCCGACGGCUUCCGCCUCCCCCACGGAGGGAUGCCACUGGCCAAGGGCAGCUUUGAAAAGAGGGUGCUGGAAGACGAGAUCGCACAGCUCCGAGAGCAGCUCAGAGAAACGGUCGACGAGAACGGGAGGCUGUACAAGCUGCUGAAGGAGCGGGAGUUUGAAAUCAAGCACCUCAAAAAGAAAAUUGAGGAGGACAGACUGGCCUUCACAGGGACAGCCGGUAUGGCCGGGGACAUGGUCGCCACCAAGAUCGUGGAGCUGUCCAAGAGGAACCGGGUGCUGAUGGCGGAGUCGGAGGGUGCCAAGACCAGAGUGAAGCAGCUGGAGCGGGAAGUGAGCAUCCCUCCUCCCCCAGACCAGGGCUCAGAGAGUGGGCUGCCAGCCCAGGCGGCCACGGAAGCAGGAGCCAGGCCUCUGAGGUCCCAGCAGGGAGACCGAGCCGCGCCGGAGAACCCAGAAGUGAAGGCCCUGCAGGACAGGCUGGCGGCCACCAACCUGAGGAUGGCUGACCUCCGCAACCAGGUGCAGGCUGUGAAGCAGGAGCUCAGGGUGGCCCAGAAGGUUCGAGAUCUGGAGAAGCAGCUGGGAGAGGCCCGGAGCCAGUCCGCGGGGACGGCCAGAGAUGACCUGCCCGCCGUCCACUCCGACCCAAGGAAGCUGUCAGCACAGGAGAAACACUUGCUGCGGCUCCGAGUCCUGGAACGGGAGAAACAGGAGAGUUGGGAGAAGCUGGCAAGUGAGCGGGACGCACUUCAGCGUGAGCUGGAGGAGCAGAAGAAGAAGGCCGAGGCGGUGAGGUCCCGGAACAAGGUGCUGGCCAGCGAGGUGAAGACCCUGCGGAGUCAGAUGGGCACCCUGGUGGAGAAGGGCAGGCAUGACGACGAGCUCAUCGACGCCCUCAUGGACCAGCUGAAGCAGCUGCAGGAGAUCCUGGGUAGCCUGAGCCUCCAGGAGGAGCAGACGCGGGUGUCCCAACACCGCCGGGACCAGCAGCUCCACAGCGAAGCUCAGCAGAGCAGCAGCCUGGUGGCCCAGCUGCGGGCCAUGGUGGCUGAGCGAGAGGCCAAGGUGCGGCAGCUGGAGCUGGAGGUCGGGCAGCUCAGCUCGCAGUAUCUUCAGAAUAAAGGCCUGGGCGAGGCCCCCAGCAGGCCUGAGGUCAACCACACCCCCACCAAGGGCUCAGAGGAGCGGAGCCUGACCAGGUCCCCAGCCUCCGUGGGCGACCACACCACCAGGCUCGGAUCUUCUCGCUCCGUGACCAGCCUGGGCCACACGCUGGUGGAAUCUGCUCGCACGCGGCCCUCCCUGCCCAGUCCUCUCGGGGCCUCACCCAGGCUCUCGGACUCCCCAGAACAGAAAAGCUGGCAGGCCCAGGCGGCUGAGUUCAAGGCCCUCUGGCAAGCUGCGGAGGUGGAGCGUGACCGGCUGGCUGAGUUUGUGACGGUGCUGCAGAAACGCAAGGUCACAGAGGUCCCCAGUGCCCAGGAGGACAGCCAGCUCCUCAAGUGUCCCGUGAAUUCACUAGGGGGCCGCAGGAGGAGAAGCAGGCAGGGAAAUCCAGGUGGGCACCGGAGGAGGCUGCCACAGAGUGAUGCUGCGCCCGCAGGUGCCUGGGCCUCGACCGCCAAGAACAGUCCCAACGCCAGCAGCAGGAAGGACGAGGCCUCCGGCCAGCUCUCCGACAUGCCCAUGGAGUCCCAGGUGGAGGAGCUGACCACCAGGCUGACCAUCCAGGUGGAGGAGAACGAGCUGCUGAAGGCCGCCCUGGGCAGUGCCCUGCGGGGAAAAGAGGAGGACUUCCGCAUGUACCAUGAGACCCUGGACCAGGUGAAGGGGGUCUUCCUGCAGGCCCUGCGGCAGCAGAAGGCAAACAGGCACUAGGCAGGGCCACCCCCCACCCCCCUUGUCAGCCUGGCCAGACAGGGCAGCCUUGGGACCCAGAGGACCAGUUCUGUCUGAGGACUCCAGCCAACCCCCCGGAAGCCAAUCCGGAAGCAGCCCAGCCGCUGCUCACAGCAGAGGCCCCUUAAGGAUUCUCAAAGCCAAGGGCCCAGGCCAAGAGGCCAAGGAGAGGCCCUGGAGGGGCCUGCGGAGUGGCCACAGGACAGCUGGAGACCCGCCGGCAUGUGAUCAUCACCGUUGUCCUAGUUGGGGACCCUUGUGCCCCACUCAGUGUGACACAGGAGGACUCCCGGUGCUCUGGGCUGGGCACACCCUCCAGCCUGCCCUGCGGGUGAGCCCCAUGCAUGCCCCACGCUCCAUCUUUGCUACCCCCACCCUCUGCCACCACAUGGUCAGCCUCCUCCCCAGGCCCUCGGAUGUGUAGUGAUUGUGAUUUUCAUUAUUAUAUGAUAUCAUUAUAUACUAUAAUGCAGUCUUCAUGAA